AUGCCGUUAAGUGAUGUCUCUCCAGUCCACGACGCCCUUCUCAUUGUCGACAUGCAAAACGACUUUGUGCGGCCCGAUGGCGCCUUGGCAGUUCCCGCCGCCCCGGAGGUGAUUCCCGUCAUUAAUGAGAUCUGCCGCCGCCGCUCAUUUCGCGCGGUGGUCCUCACAAAAGAUUGGCACCCACCCGAUCACUGUUCCUUCCGCAGAUCCAACAACAACAAUAAUAAUAAAGAUAAUAAUAAUGAUAAUAAUAAUAAUAAUGGUGGGCCGUGGCCGCCUCACUGUGUGCGGGGCACGCCGGGGGCCGAACUGCACGCCGAUCUGCAGACCGCCGCCGCCACGCACAUCAUCCACAAGGGCGUCAGUGCCGCGGCGGAGAGUUAUUCCGCGUUUGCGGAUGAGUGCGGCACGACGACAGGACUGGCCGCGUUGCUGCGGGGCUUAAGUGUGCGGCGUGUGUGGAUCUGCGGUGUGGCCUACGAGUAUUGUGUGUACUUCACCGCCCGGGAUGCGGUGCGGGCGGGAUUUGAAGUUGUGGUGCUGCAGGACGCGACGCGGGCGGUGGACACAACAGUCGUGCCGGCGCGAAUGUUGGAAUUGCAGCGGGAGGGAGUUGUGCAUGUGAACAGCGGUGUGCUCGCAGAGGCGUGUCCAUCGGCGUGUGCGUGUGAGGACUGCUGUUGCAAUAACGAUGAUCAGAACGGCAAUAUCAAUGAUGCUCCUUGUAAAUGUACACUUAACACUGAUAUGAUGUGUAAGACGGCAAUGACGACAGCAACGACAGCGGCGACGGUUCGUACUUCUCUCCCAUCUUGA